AUGCCCAAGUUAACUGCAAAGGCCACUAAGAAGGCAACUGCUGCCGAAGAUAUGAGAGCCUUUGGUCCUAUCUUCAACAAGGAUCUGGGUCAGCACAUUUUGAAAAACCCACUUGUAGCUCAAGGCAUCGUUGACAAGGCCAACCUCAUCAGCUCAGAUACAGUAUUGGAAAUUGGUCCUGGUACCGGUAACUUGACAGUGCGUAUUCUUCAAGCAUGUAAGAAGGUAGUAGCAGUUGAAAUGGAUCCUCGUCUUGCUGCCGAAUUGCAAAAGCGUGUGCACGGAACAUCUGACCAAAAGAAGCUUCACAUCUUGCUUGGUGAUUUCAUGAAGACCGAACUUCCCUACUUUGACGUCUGCAUCAGUAAUACCCCCUAUCAAAUUUCAUCUGUUCUCGUCUUCAAGUUAUUACAGCAUCGUCCCAUGUUCCGUUGUGCUAUUCUCAUGUUUCAGCGUGAAUUUGCGCUUCGUCUUGUAGCAAAGCCAGGAGAUGAAUUAUACUGUCGUUUAUCAGUCAAUGUUCAACUGUUAGCCAAGGUGGAUCAUGUCAUGAAGGUCGGUAAGAACAAUUUCAGACCUCCACCCAAGGUUGAAUCUUCAGUCGUGCGUCUCGAGCCCAAGAACCCUCCCCCUCCUGUUGAUUUUGACGAGUUUGAUGGUUUACUGCGUAUUCUGUUCACUAGAAAGCACAAGAUUUUCCCUGCCAACUUUAAACAAACCACCGUAUUGAAUAUGUUGGAGCAAAAUUACAAGACAUACUGUUCAGCACAUGAAUUGAUGGUUGAAUCUGAUUUCGACAUCAAGGCCAAGGUGAUGCAGAUCAUUGAAUCUGCUGGUAUGUCUGACAUGCGUGCUGCAAGAUGUGAUUUGGAUGAUUUCUUAAAACUUUUACUUGCAUUUAACACUGCCAAUAUUCACUUUUCUUAA